UAUCACAUGAAUCUGGACUGGAAGCUGGAUGGGAAAAGUUUGGAGGUCUCGGUGAAAUCGCUCCUCUCAGGCCGCUUUCUAGUGCGCGCGGCCCCGCCUCGCCUUUAUAAGUUUUUUUUUUUUAAUUCCUCCGGUUGUGUCGGAGGGAAAAACGGAGUCGGCUGGACUGUUUUCCAGACUGGCUCUUCUUUUUUUUUCCCUGCAGGAACACACGGGGGAGGAGGAGGGAGAGGAGGGGGGACGCUCUGGCUGCUUGAGAUCUGUUUCGAUUCCAAACUUUGGGCGACAUGGACGCGCACCGAGGCGCGCCUCCGGCAGGGCAGCAGGUCGUGCACGUCCGCGGGGACUCCAAGACGGAGCUGGAGGCCCUGUUCAGCGCCGUGAUGAACCCCAGCAAGGCGGCCAGGCAGCCCCACUCUGUGCCCAUGAGGAUGAGGAAGCUGCCGGAUUCCUUCUUCAAGCCGCCGGAACCCAGGGGCCACUCAAGACAAGCCAGUUCAGACGGAGGCGUGUGCGGCUCCCUCGCUCCUCAUCACGUCCGCGCUCAUUCCUCCCCCGCCUCCCUCCCAGUCAACUCCCUCUCCGCUCAAGUGGAUGCAGAUGCAGCAGCCACGCCGCUCAUACCCGAUGACGUGCCACUCCCUGACGGUUGGGAGAUGGCAAAGACGUCCACUGGCCAACGGUACUUCAUCAACCACGUACACAAGACGACCACAUGGCAGGACCCCCGCCUCUCGCAGCUUCAGUCGGCUGCAGCCCAGCAUCAGAUCGCCUGCACCCCGAUCCACGCCCACUCCUUCAGCAACCCAGCGCCCACUACGCAACCAAAAAAUGUUAUUCCUGAGACAGGUCCACUGCCUGAAGGCUGGGAGCAGGCUGUGACUGCAGAUGGAGAGAUGUACUACAUUGAUCACAUAAAUAAGACCACCACAUGGGACGACCCACGUCUAGCUCAGAAGGCAAACCCUACCAUGCUCAGUUUGGCAAUGCAGCAAAGGCAGGAAAAGCUCAGACAGAAGCAAGGCAUCCUGCCUCAGUUUGCACCUCAGGAGGCCGGAAGUAGCAACCAGAUGCCUGGAGGGAUGGACCAUGACAGGAGUGCACAGAUGCUUGUCCCAUCGGUGGAUGUCAGGAUCAGGGCCCUGAACCAAGAACCAAACCUUAAUGGGGCUCACUCUCGCAACGAAAGCACCGAUAGCGGUCUGAGCGUCAGCAGCCUGCCACGCACAUCUGACCACAUGUUGGGCUCUGUGGAUCAUAUGGACACUGGUGACUCUAGUGACCCCCCCUCCAUGAGCCUGCAGGAGCCGAUGCCUGUGCUCCCGAUCAACGAGGAGCUGAUGCCCGGCAUCCCCGACGGUUUGACUUCAGACAUCUUGAUGGACAUGGACACGGUUCUGUCCGGGCCACACAUGGACAGGGACAGCCUGCUCACCUGGCUAUAGACGCAAGCACCCCUCUGCCCGGUUGAGUGUGGUUUGAAAUCAAGCUUUUUGUAGCGUGACUGAGAAUUCUGGGAAAUUUGAUUCGGAUUUAAAAGUGGUACAGAACAACUACACAAAAUAUUCUACAGAUAUGAUGGAUACCUAACACUACUCACUCCCUGACCGGUGAAAUACAAAUUACUCUAAAAGAUGCAAUCAGCUUUCUCUUUUUGGGCCUGAUUUUGCAUAAUAGGCUCCACUUCUUUUUAUAUGGGUCCUUCAAACGUUAUGUCCAACCAGAAUCCCUCUUGGAAUUUU